UUUGACCACAUUCUUUACGCCGAUUCGGAUUCUCGCCCCGACGAGGAGAGUUCUAUUGUUAGUGCAUUUAAUUCCGAGAUUGAUAAGGUUCUCGAUUCUGAUUUGAUCCAACGGUUCAUAAACAAUUCUGGGGUUGCUUCUGAUCGCCUAGAGGCAGUCAACUGGAUGUUAAAGGUGCAUGGUUUCUAUCACUUUAGGCCUGAAACUGCUUAUCUUUCUGUUAACUAUUUGGACCAUUUUCUUCUAUCAAGGACAUUACAGAAAGGGAAAGGAUGGCAUUUUCAGUUGUUAUCAGUUGCUUGCCUUUCUCUAGCUGCAAAAAUGGAGGAAAUAAGUGUCCCACUUCUAUUGGAUUUGCAGAUGAAGGAACCCAAAUUCUUAUUUAAGCCGAAAACUAUUCAGAGAAUGGAGCUAAUGGUUAUGACCAUUCUCAAAUGGAGAUUGCGCAAAACAACACCCUUCGAUUUUCUUCAUUACUUUGUUCACAAGCUUUCAUGUUUUGGGUUGAUCCAUUGCCAACAUUACAAUCAUGUCAUUUCCCAAUCAUCAGAUAUCAUUGUACUAACAUGUCAAGUGAUAGAAUUCCUCGACUACCCGCCUUCUGCAAUAGCGGCGGCAGCUGUGCUGUGCGCGACGGACCAAUAUCCCGGCGAGCGGAUAGUGGUAUGUUUUCAUCAGAGAGUGAGCAGAGAAAAGGUGAGAAAAUGUUACAAGCUUAUGAAGGAGAGUAUUUGCCUAUUGCCACAAAUCAAAAGGCCAAAAUUGAUUCAGUUACUGCCUAGUCCUGUUGGUGUGAUUGGUGAAAGCUGCAAUGUUGCAAAUAUUGGGGUCACAGGAACGUGA